UUGAAAGUUGGGUUUUUUUUAUUAAAAACAUAAUUGACCAAUGGAAAUUAAAGUUUAUUUUACUGAUACUCCUGUAGAUUACUAAGCUUGCUGCAUUGAGAGCCAAGUUAAACUCUUUUAAUGGUGAUUAUUCCAUUUGUGUAUCAAGUUACUGAAUCUGCUGUGAAUAAUUUUAUGGCAGAUGGGUGAGCUUGUAGCUGACAAGCAUGUUCGUUGUAGUUUACUAAGCUUGCUGCAUUGUUUGUUUUUGUUUCUUCUUUUCCUUGUAGUUUUCUGUUGCGUGGGGGCUCUUGCUAUCACUGGGAGUCUUCACCAUGUUGAUAAGGACUUACUUGGCUGGUGGUUGUGUGUAAGACAAGUCAAGUCCGGGGAUUUAAAUGGACGACCGGAGAAACUACCUGAUGUAGACGUUAAAGCUUCUCUCUGAUGAUAAACACUUGUAUACUUUCCUUAGUUCUUAACACACUUUCUUGUUGCUAGGUUUGCUAUUCUUGUUGGGUGUUGUCGAGUCUAAUCAUGAUAGAUAGAGUUCACUGGAUCAACAAAGCAAAGCUUGUCAAGUUCAUCUUGGACUGUCAGGAUUUGGAGAACGGAGGCAUCUCAGACCGACCAGACGAUGCUGUUGAUAUCUACCACACCUACUUUGGAGUUGCAGGGCUUUCCCUUCUUGAGUACCGUGGAGUCAAAGCAAUGGAUCCAGCCUACGCUUUGCCUGUUGAUGUCGUCAACCGGAUCAUCCUCAACAAAUGAAGGCAGAUAAUUGCACUGAUAUAACAGAUUCGACUCCAUGAAGUGUUUCUCAAGCGAUGCUAACUUCUCCAGAGUGAAACCUUUUUUGCUCUGAAACUUUCCAACUUGUCUUGAAGGCUCCUUUUUACUUUUUCUUCUGGUGUUUUUGUAUUUGGAUUCUGUUUUCUCACCCCUUGCUUCAGUCUUGGCUAAUUUGUCAACGUUCAAGAUCUGUUAUCUGAGUAGCAGAAGUAUCAUUCAGUUGUUCCUAAAGAGAGCUAACAAUUUUCACUUAAUGUUAGAAUUUUCAGUGUUCAACAAAAUCAAAAUUUUCCUCAGCUUUUUUUCAAACUCUCUUUUAAGCCCUUCUGUUUGAGCCAUAAGAAAGUCAUGAAAGUCUUGCAUUUCCGCUGUCAAGCUUGUUGUGCAAGGCACAUUCCUUAGCUUGUAAACGUUCACUGGAACAAGGAUUCAUAUAGGCUUAUAGGUUCUGUAACGAGAGGUUAUAGAGGUUCAUAGAUAUAACAAGGACUCAUUCAGCAGUUUAGAAGUUGUGACAUGAACAAGUGGAGAAAAGCAAGACAAUGGGAUUAAUUCGAAGAUAGAAGAGUAGAGGAUGGAGUUCCAGAGAAGCGAGCUCCCUGAUCCGUUCCCUGAAAUGACUCUCAACUAGAUGAUUUCUUCACGGUAAGGAGCUAAGAUAAGCUUGAGAUUAAUUCAAAAAUGUAUGUAGUUACUUCAAGUCUUCAAUGGUUCUUGGAAUAGCUCAUUCACUGUGAUCUAUAUGGAUGGUUUGGUUUUGUGUGUUUCACAAGUUUUGGUUUGUUUUUUUAGUGCAUGCAGAUUCUGAAGAACACAACAGGAAACAAGAGAAGGAGGUGGUGGUUGUUGUCUUGUCUAAGCUUUCUGAUUUUUUAAUCAUCAUUUUUAAGUUUAUUAUCAUUACG